AUGGCAAAGCGCCUGACUUUCAGCCCCACAAACGUUCAGAUGUACGGGACCCUCACCCAUCCCACGGCUCCUCACUUGGUGCAGGCAGAGCGGGCAUCUCACGUUCUGGGCAGAAAUGACCUGCAGCCGACAGCUGCAAGUCUUGAUCUGCUGCCCAGAAGGAGAUCCCUGAGACCCAACCUCACCAUGGAUCCACAGAACCAAUCCACUGUGACCGAGUUCAUCCUCCUGGGUCUGUCCAGUAGCACAGAAUUGCAGCCGAUCAUUUUCAUGCUGAUCCUCACCAUGUACCUGAUCAACCUGGCUGGAAACAGCCUGAUCGUCACGGUCGCCUGGACUGACCCCAAGCUGCAGACCCCCAUGUUCUUCCUGCUCAGCCAGCUCUCCUGCGUGGACAUGAACUUCUCCUCAAUCACCGUACCACAGUUCCUAGUCCACAUCUUCUCCAAACAUAAAGCCAUCCCUUAUGGAAGCUGCUUUGUCCAGAUGACCUUUUUCUUGGCCGUGGGCAACAUGGAGGGUUACGUGCUGGCCACCAUGGCCUAUGACCGCUACGUGGCCGUCUGCAUGCCCCUGCACUAUGCCACAGUCAUGACCCAGGAGCUCUGCAUGCGCGUGAUGGUUGGGUCCUGGGUCCUGCCCUUUCUGAAUGACCUGGUGGUCUUCACCGAGGGAAUCAGUGUGGUCGUCUCCCCCUUCCUCUUCAUCUUGGCCUCCUAUACCCGCAUCGGAGCCGCCGUGCUACACCUGCGCUCGGCUGAGGGGCUGCGCAAAGCAGUGUCCACCUGCGGCUCCCACGUGUUGGUGGUGACACUGUUCUACGGCACGGUAAUCCGCUUGUACUUCCAGCCCCCCGGCCACUCCAGCCUGGAGCAGGACCGACGUGUUGCUGUCUUCUACACGGUGGUAUCUCCCAUGCUGAAUCCGCUCAUCUAG